GAGGGGAGGCGCGAGCAAGUCCCGGCCGAAGGAUCCCUCCGCCGGCCGUAUCAGUGCUGAGGCCGCGGCGCCGCCAUUUUGGAGGCCAGGCUCCUGCUCCGGCCGCCGACGCCUUUGCUGACGCCGCCUCCGUCGGGACCGGACCGGACCGAGGAUGCCAGCCCCCAUCAGACUCCGGGAGCUGAUCCGGACCAUACGGACAGCACGGACCCAAGCAGAAGAAAGGGAGAUGAUCCAGAAAGAAUGUGCUGCAAUCCGGUCCUCCUUCCGAGAAGAGGACAACACUUAUCGCUGCCGGAACGUCGCCAAGUUGCUGUACAUGCACAUGCUGGGCUACCCUGCACACUUUGGACAGCUGGAGUGCCUCAAAUUGAUUGCCUCUCAGAAAUUCACAGACAAGCGCAUUGGAUACCUUGGUGCCAUGCUGUUGCUGGACGAGAGGCAGGAUGUCCACCUUCUCAUGACCAAUUGCAUCAAGAAUGACCUUAAUCACAGCACACAGUAUGUCCAGGGCCUGGCCCUUUGCACCCUGGGCUGCAUGGGCUCAUCAGAAAUGUGCCGGGACCUUGCUGGGGAGGUGGAGAAGCUCCUGAAGACCUCAAACUCCUACUUGCGGAAAAAGGCAGCCCUCUGUGCUGUUCACGUCAUCCGGAAGGUGCCUGAGCUCAUGGAGAUGUUCCUGCCAGCGACAAAAAACCUCCUGAAUGAGAAGAAUCAUGGUGUCCUUCACACCUCAGUUGUCCUUCUCACAGAAAUGUGCGAGAGAAGCCCAGACAUGCUUGCCCAUUUCAGAAAGAAUGAGAAGCUUGUGCCCCAGCUUGUUCGUAUCCUGAAGAACCUCAUCAUGUCUGGCUAUUCUCCUGAGCACGACGUUUCUGGGAUCAGUGACCCCUUUCUGCAGGUACGGAUCCUGCGGUUGCUGAGGAUUCUGGGCCGAAAUGAUGACGACUCAAGUGAAGCGAUGAAUGACAUCCUUGCCCAGGUGGCCACAAACACUGAAACAAGUAAAAACGUAGGCAACGCCAUUCUUUAUGAAACAGUCUUAACCAUCAUGGACAUCAAGUCUGAGAGUGGUCUGCGUGUUCUGGCCAUUAACAUCUUAGGCCGGUUCUUACUUAAUAACGAUAAAAAUAUCAGAUAUGUUGCUUUGACCUCCCUGCUGAAGACGGUGCAGACAGACCACAAUGCUGUACAGCGUCACAGAAGCACAAUUGUGGACUGCCUGAAGGAUCUGGAUGUCUCCAUCAAACGGAGGGCGAUGGAGCUCAGUUUUGCUCUAGUGAAUGGCAACAACAUCCGAGGCAUGAUGAAGGAACUGCUCUACUUCCUGGACUCCUGUGAGCCAGAGUUUAAGGCAGACUGCGCAUCGGGCAUAUUUCUGGCUGCAGAGAAGUAUGCUCCCUCGAAGCGCUGGCACAUAGACACCAUCAUGCGCGUCCUGACUACGGCAGGGAGUUAUGUGCGCGAUGAUGCUGUGCCCAACCUCAUCCAGCUCAUCACCAACAGUGUGGAGAUGCAUGCCUACACUGUGCAGAAACUCUACAAAGCCAUCCUGGGUGACUACUCCCAACAACCGCUGGUCCAGGUGUCCUCCUGGUGCAUCGGGGAGUACGGGGACCUCUUGGUGUCUGGCCAGUGUGAGGAGGAGGAGCCCAUCCAGGUCACGGAGGAUGAAGUCCUAGAUGUUUUGGAAAGCGUCCUUGUCUCCAACAUGUCGGCAUCAGUCACACGAGGCUAUGCCCUGACAGCCAUCAUGAAGCUCUCUACGCGGUUUUCCUGCACAGUCAACCGCAUCAAGAAGGUGGUCUCCAUCUACGGCAGCAGCAUAGAUGUAGAGCUCCAGCAGAGGGCAGUGGAGUACAACGCCUUGUUCAAGAAGUACGACCACAUGAGGUCAGCCCUUCUGGAGAGGAUGCCAGUCAUGGAGAAACUGACCACCAAUGGCCCCACGGAUGUCACACAGCCCAACGGGGAGACUGAGCCAGCUGUUCUUGAGACCAAGCCAUCCCCGGCAGGUCUGCAGCCUCCCAGCCAGACAAAUGACUUGCUUGACCUGUUGGGCAGCAAUGAUAUCACACUGGGCAUCCCGACAGCCCCUCCAAACAAGCCAGCCUCUGCUGGAGGGGAGCUGCUGGACCUCUUGGGGGAUCUCAACCCGACGACAGGUCCUCUGGCUCCUGCCCCACAGAUCUCACAGCCCCCAUUCCUUUUGGACGGCCUUUCCUCCCCACCCAUUUUCAACGAAAUAGCUGCUGCUGGCAUCCCUCCAAUCACAGCCUACAACAAGAAUGGCUUGAAGAUCGACUUUGCCUUUGAGCGUUCCGACACCAAUCCGAGCGUCACCGUGAUCACAAUACAGGCCUCCAACAGCACCGAGCUGGACAUGACAGACUUUGUUUUCCAGGCUGCGGUACCAAAGACAUUCCAGCUGCAGCUCCUGUCUCCCAGCAGCAGCAUCAUCCCAGCCUUCAAUACGGGGACCAUUACGCAAAUCAUCAAAGUCCUGAACCCCCAAAAGCAACAGCUCCGCAUGCGGAUUAAGCUGACGUAUAAUCACAAGGGCUCACCAAUGCAGGACCUGGCAGAAGUCAACACCUUCCCUCCCCAGUCCUGGCAGUGAGGAGCUCUGGCCCUGCCCUCCUCACCCACUGCAUCAGCCGGCCCAAGGAAGGAAGGCAGGCGGGCAGGCCAGCCAGAGUGCCGUGACUCCAGACCACCCCGUUUCCCCCCUUGCACUGGGACCGGGGGAGCGGGCGAGAGUUACUACUAUUGCCGCUGCUACUGUGGAGCAGGAGGACUGGCCCUUGCUCACUUUGAAGCCUAUCUCUUGAGACUCUGGCACUCCCUUCUCCCUCUGCUUUCCUUGCACUCACUCCAGCUGUGCUGAAUCACGCCUGCCACCUUGUUUUGCCAGAGGGCAAGGGGGGCUGCUCUGGCAGUUCCCCUCAAACAGCAGCAAGAGGACAGUUGCCUCAGCUCCCUUUUUGUCAUCGUUUCUUCUUCAGUGGGCUCUGGCUCCUUCCUGGCCAGUUGCCAUCUUCAGGCACUUUCAUCCUGAGUUCUUCAUGCUGGAAUCUUCUGAGGAUGCUGGUGGCCCUUCCCUUCUCCUUGGGGUUCCCUGACAGCGGAGGCCUUUUCUACGCUUGGCUUCACUGUCUCCCCCAAAGGCCAGGGCCCAAGUCCGAGCAGGGACCUGUGGGUGUAGGGGCUGCUUUUCCAGACGGAUGCUCUGCAGACAGAGGGGGUCUGUGCAACCAGUGCCCUCCCCCCCAAGGGCCCUCCCUUCAUCGCCUUGUUCCUCAUCACCUCCCUGCCCCGAAUCCUGGAACUACAUUUGUCUUGUCCUCGGCCAGCCGUGGUGGGAGGGUGGGCGAGUGAAUUAAGGGGUGAGAAGGCUAGGCUGGUGCCAGGGGCAAUUGUCAGGUAUCCUUGGCCUGCCACAGAAGACUUGCUGCCACCGCAAAGCUGCUUUCUGUCCUUGCCCCCCUUUUUCAUUUCCUGAGUCUGUCAGUCUUGGAUUCCAUUUGACUUUGUUCUCCUCCUGGGACGUUUGUGUUGUAUCUGUAAUAUUGGCACUGAAAUAAAAGACCAUGCAGUUUAA